AUGGUAGCUUCCACGGUGGAGGCCUUGAGCCCUGAGGACGGAGAGCGAGUCCCCUUCACAAGAGACAAACACUACGCGAUGCAUGGUGAGAUCUUGAUGAUGGUUCUUGUGGUAAGCUUCGCUGUUUUCCUCUUGUUCCUCGUGCUGCUUCCUUGUCUGAAGCGCCGUUACACUCACCACUCCGACCUGUCUGAAGAAGACGCUUCAUGGAGCGGAAGAGUUAAGCCGUCACCAGUUCCUGUUGUAGUAGUAAGCAUACAAUCGAUUUCGAAAUAACAAAAGCUUGUAUUGAGCUUCUAGUAACAAAAAUUUGUAGAAGCGUAUGUUAGUAGUCACUAUAUCUCUUCACUACAUUACAACAUUGUAUCCAACAACAAUAUGAUGUCUUUUCACUAA